ACUCCAUUGUCUAAUGUCAUUAAUUCAGUGUCACUUUGACCAGUUUGUUUACAACCAUGAUUGGAACAACAUGUUAACAAAUCAGUAAAAAUGUUUAAAUAUUUGUGUCUGCUAUUCGUGUGUGUUGAGUGUGUGUUUCACAUUAAAUCUGGUGUGACCUUCAAACCUUACCGGUAUGAUACUAAGAAGCCUGCUGAUUUUUUUGGAUACAGUGUUGUUUUGAAUAAAUCUGAAAUUUUUAUUGGUGCACCCAAAGCGAACAGUAUUUCUAAUCCCACAAAUACCACUGGUCUAGUGUAUAAGUGUAAAUUGCAGCUAAAUGUGAAAAAUGUUAUGUGUAAGUCUUUUGGACUAGCCAACGAGGACUCAGACCUCAUUUUCCGAAGAUUCAUGGUCACCUCCGACUUCUUUAAAAAUGAUAUGUGGUUUGGAUCGACGAUUGCCGUCGUACCUGGUGGAAAGUUUUUGAUGUGUGCACCGAGAUAUGCGACUCCUUACAAAAACACUCACUUGUUAAUGAACGGUGGGUGUUACGUACAAGGGCAGAAAAGAGGCAAUACACUUCUGCCUUUAAAAGAAAUGAACAGGCAAGCCUUUAUGACUGACGGGUCCAGAGAAGAGUUCGGGGAGUACGGCACUCACCUCAAUUUCUACGCAUAUGGUCAGGCAGGCAUGUCCGUCAAAGUAACCGAGAAUAAUACUGUCAUUAUUGGAGCACCCGGACUAUUACAGUGGACAGGAGGAGUUAUCGAGUACAAGUUUUAUCCAGACUCUGUGGAAACCAGUAGUUUAUUUUUCAGUAAACAACCCGUGACAAAUCCAUACUACACAAAGGACCUUGGACCAGAUGAUUAUCUAGGAUACAGUGUGGAAUCUGGAGUUUUCGAAGCGAAUGGGAAAACUUUGUACAUUGCAGGUGCACCUCGAUCUAAAUCUGGAUUUGGACAAGUACUGAUAUUCGAGCCGUCUUUCAAAGAGCUAGAUCCAAUAAAGAUCAAAGCGAAACUCGUUGGGGAUCAGCUUGGCUCGUACUUCGGUGCAACAUUAUGCUGCACCGAUAUCAACGGUGAUGGGGUCAUCGACCUUCUUGUCGGUGCACCAAACUACGUGCAUAAGAACGACACCAUCACAUAUGACCAGGGCGCUGUUUUCGUUUACUUGACUGAACAACGGUUUCAGGAUAGCUUUACAUUAAGAGCUGUCGGGUUUGUCCGUGGUUCGAGCGAAAGUGGGGCACAUUUUGGCCUUACAAUUGCUGACCUUGGAGACGUAGAUGGAGAUGGUUAUUCAGACGUCGCCAUUGGCGCUCCAUGGGAAGACAAUGGGUCUGGUGCUGUAUACAUUUAUAGAGGAAGUGAAACUGGCUUAAAUAAUAAAUAUAUACAGAGAAUCCAGGUUGCAGGUGCAAAAACGUUUGGCGGCUCGAUUUCUAAGGGUGUAGAUGUUGAUAAUAAUAAUUGUAACGAUUUAGCGGUAGGUGCUUUUAAAUCCGAUACGGCAUAUGUGUUCAGAUGUAUACCAACCGUGCACGUUGAAGUUAGCAUCCGGGUGCCAGACGCGAUGAAUCUUCAGCCAAAUGCGACUAACUUCACGGCGCAGUUUUGCAUUAAAACCACUGAAAAGAUCAUGUGGCCCCAUGUCAAAUUAGAUCUGAAAGCAACGGUGGAAGUAGACAGUGAAGGAAACCGCGCUAUGCUUGAUGGUGAUCCUGUGUAUAGCGUGUCCAUUAAGCCUGGAAACGAAAUGUGUGAAGAGCAAAUCGUCAAAGUCCAUCCGACGGCCGAUCUAUCAAAUCCCAUUUCAAUGAAAUUCAAUUUGGCGCCUAGCGAAACCUUUCAAGACAGUAAAAGCUUUCCCUCACACGCUGCCCGGCUGUCAGACGAUUCGAUAUUAAGCACUUCAUUUGAUAUCCAAUUAACUAGGGACUGUGGAGACGACCUCAUUUGUAGGCCUUUGCUACAUAUGACUCUAGAAUCAUUGGAUAGUCCUUACAUACCGGGUACAAACCAUCGCUUAGGCUUAAAAAUCAACAUCAUGAACAAGGAAGAAGCCUCUUACGGUGCAUUAAUACACUUAACCGUUCCAUCGUCACCAAAACGGCUGCCAAGCGUUUGUUCUCUCGUAAAUUAUAAUGUUACGUGUAAAUUGCCCUCCCCCUUUUAUAGGGGGGAGUCGGUUGAAUGGGAAAUAGAAGUGGAAUACACUCAAACAGAAGAUAAUAAUAAGGAAAUACCAAUAGAAGUUGAGUUGCACGUACCCUUUUACCGAGGCACCGACAUGGAAAAAGUUGUGAAGCAACUAACUAUAUUUGUAACUCCAAAAGCAAGUUUUUCUAUCAGCGGGAAGCCAUUGCCAAAUGCGACGAUCUCUGUAUCAAGGGAUAAGUUUAAUGACCGUGACAGAAUUCACUUCGUUCACAAUUUUGAGGUUAUAAAUUUGGGCCCAUCUGAUUGUUUCAAUUUGUCUACGCAGCUUCUCAUACCGGACAAGGUGAACAUAUCCAAUAAGAUAAAAGGAUGCUCUGAGGGGCCCGUGAUCGAGUGCUCGUGGUCCAUUCCCGCCAAAGUUUCCCUACCCAUCCUUGUACCUUUGUACAUUGACUUGGACAGAUUUGGUGUAUUUUUAGAAGAAAAUCCUAUUUACAAUAUUACGACAAGUCUGAUCCUAGUGGAUGAAAUAAAUAGAAUGUUAAAUAUAACCACAACUCUAUCAUUGGAGCCCGCACAGCCCAUUUGGCCCGUGAUAGUAGGUUGUAUAGCAGGGAUACUCCUGCUAGCUGUUAUAGUAUUCGUUAUGUAUAAGUAUGGAUUCUUCUCCCGCCAACGUCGCGAAGACUUGAAACGACUUCAAGAGCAAUGUCAAUCAGAACCAAGCACUUCCCUGUGCGAUGUCAACUUCGCUGCAGAAGAAUCCAGCACGGAGCUAUUGUCAGACUCUGAAUAGCAACAUUAAAGCCAUAGAUUAAAAUAAGUAUUGAACAACCAAAGAUUUAGAACUUUAACUCAUAAAAAUUAGAACUAUUGUCGCCAUGUUUAAUAUUUUGACAAUUGUAAAUAGUCAUAUUAAUCCUUGAUAAUUAUUAUUCAAGAAGUUGUAAACUAAUAAAUAUGCGAGAAGAUUAAAUAUCGCGUUAUCCCAUAUAGUCACGUCAAUAUAUUCAAAUUAUUUAUAGCUUUUAUAUCAUCUUCAUUUCGUUUCAAGUUUCUAUUUUUUGUGUAAUAAUUCGUCACUUUCUACUCUAAGCGAUGCUGACAUAUAUACUUUAUAUCUAGGAAGCAAUACAACACUGAUACCCAACGUGGUCCCAGAUUUCAUUGCAGUGUUUUGAUAACAUUUUCCUACUAACCUCUUCCUCAAACCUAUAAUUUAAGUUUCUUAGGUGAUUUUUUCUAUAUUAAAAACUAUGUAUUUUACAUAAGAAUUUUAGUGGUCUAGAAUAAAUAAUUAUCUCGAUUUAAGAUUUUAUAAGACUGCAUGAUAGUUAGCUGUAAGUAAAUCGAUUUUUACGUCUGUUUGAUUGUUUAUUUGUCAUAUCGGCUAUGCCGACCAUUUAGGCUCAGCCAUAUAUGCUUUAUCCAGGUUUACGAAUAUCUAUUGGCCAUGGCAGCAUUUAUAAAUGUUGGAUGAGUUAUGGUUAUGGUAGUUUAUAUAUAUAGUUUAUAAAAUAGACAUAGACAACCCACUUAGGAAUUAUAAGUAUAUUUUAAAUGACUUUAAUAUUUUUUAUCUAGUCCAACUUUUACAGCAUUUAUUAAAAUUACAUUAAUUU